GCCGGGCGAGUCCUCAUGGCGGCGGCGGCGGCGGCGGCGGCGGCGGCGGGUGGGGCGCGGCUCGGUGCUGAUUGAGCUGCGAGACUGGCGGCGCUGUGCCGAGCCCCGAGCCGGCCUCCGCGGGCCCCGCACCCCGGGCUGCGCACGCCUGAUGCUGCGCGGGCGCUGAGCCCGCCCCGGCCGGGACGAUGGUGAAAUAUUUCCUGGGCCAGAGCGUGCUCCGGAGUUCCUGGGACCAAGUGUUCGCCGCCUUCUGGCAGCGCUACCCGAACCCCUACAGCAAACAUGUCCUAACGGAGGAUAUCGUGCACCGGGAGGUGACCCCGGACCAGAAGCUUCUCUCCCGGAGACUCCUGACUAAGACCAAUAGGAUGCCGCGCUGGGCCGAGCGUCUGUUCCCCGCCAACGUUGCCCACUCGGUGUACAUCCUGGAGGAUUCCAUCGUGGACCCGCAGAACCAGACCAUGACCACCUUCACCUGGAACAUCAACCAUGCCCGGCUGAUGGUUGUGGAGGAGCGGUGUGUUUACUGCGUGAACCCUGAUAAUAGCGGCUGGACCGAAAUCCGCCGCGAGGCCUGGGUGUCCUCCAGCCUCUUCGGCGUCUCCAGAGCUGUCCAGGAAUUUGGUCUUGCCCGCUUCAAAAGUAACGUGACCAAGACGAUGAAGGGCUUCGAGUACAUCUUGGCCAAGUUGCAAGGUGAGAGCCAGGAUGACACGACCGCGGGCCGAGGACAGCGCGGGGCAGCGCCCUCCCUCACCUUUCCCCGUGGACACCCCUGUCUGGCCGCAGGUGAGGCGCCCUCCAAGACCCUGGUGGAGACGGCCAAGGAGGCCAAGGAGAAGGCGAAGGAGACGGCGCUGGCAGCCACCGAGAAGGCCAAGGGCCUGGCCAGCAAGGCCGCCACCAAACAGCUGGUGUAGCCGCGGACCCCUCCCCCCUGUACUUGCUCAUUAAAAGUCAACUUCAGCCCUAUCUCCUGUCUGCGGCUGGGCUGGAGGGGGGGUCCCCCUGCCCCACGCUGAUCCCCC